AUGUCUCACUCAUUCAAUGAAACUACCCCUACCAUUUUUGAUCUUCGAAACCAACACGGUGUUUAUGAUGCCCUCAGUGAACAGCUACUCAAACUUCCUUCCAGAGAUUGUUUGGCGCAAGCAACGUACAAUGAAGACUUCAUACGUCAGACCAAUGUUCACACAGGGAAUUUUGCUUAUGUCAAACCAUCUUCCGGUGUUGAAUAUGAAGGCAUUAUAAUGGGUCAAAUCACUGGAGAUGAAAAAAUCAGGGCUUGUGGAACACAUUAUGCGGGAACUAUGAACAGUGGAAGUCUGUUUCCACGGCCUAUUACCAAUAAAACACCUGUCAAAAGCAUGUUCUCAUUAUGCAAACCGGAAGGAUCGCCGAAAGAACUUUCAGUGUUAUUUGACAACCAAUUGGCAACUCUGUUGGAAGUAACAGUCAUUCAAGAAGAAGAGGCUUCCACCAAAGGAAAGACAUUUGAUAUCAGAGACUGGAUUGAUAAUGAUCUCAUCAAUAUUCACACCGAGGCGAUGUACGCGGUUCCGAAGAAUUCCUCUACUACGAAAUCAACCAAAAGGGCCCGCGAAGACAAGGACACAGAAAUGAACGACGUGCCUGAAGAAUUAACUGGCGUGAAAAAUGAAACACCUCAAGAACGUACCACUGACGAUCUUUAUAACCCAGACUUACUUUCGGAUUAUAAAGGUCCAUUGUACCAGCAUAACGAAUCAAAACUUCGACAGUUGGAUAUUCGAGAUACUGAUAACAGUCUCAUUCAUCCCGAGAAGUGGUACACCAAACUGAGACGAGGAGCACUCGUCCUUGUCAAUGGCACUCUGCACACUUUCACUAUGGAAGAUAACAGACGAAUUUAUCAUAUUCAUGCACAUACAAUUCGCGUGCUUGACGAAUCUGAUUCGCCCAUCCAACCUCGCAUGGUCAUAACAUUGCCUGGCGAACAUUCAAUGGAAAGCUCCGGCUCAAAACAUGCUGUGGGAGCUAAUAAAAUUGGGGAAUUUAAGGUGACGGGUAAACGAAAAUUGGAGAAAGAAAAUGAAAUAGAUGGAUGA